AUGCCUCCAACCCCUUCUUGGCUCCUUCUUCACAUGUCGUCUUCCAUCAUCCCCAUUCACCGGAUGCAUCAUCGGUCAGCUGCAUCUCCGACCACUCCAACAACGUCAUCUUCUUCACCUUCUUGGCUUUUUUUUCACCUGUCGUCUUCUUGGCUGAAGACGAAGCUUGAAAGUCUAAUUGCCUCGCUUAUGUUUUCGCCACCAACAUCUAUUGUCAGCGCCACUAGAGAAGGCGGAGAAGCCACAAAUACAAUAGAUUUCAUGUUUGAUUUCAGUUCCGGAGCCCAAACCGACCCUACAAUGCUGAACACGCUUCAUUUUAGCCGGAGAAGAGAGUCGUGGGGGGGAGGUAGAGGUGGAGCCAGAGAAGACGCCAUCAAUAUGUGA